UGUUUAUCUGCACAUUGAAGGUCUAUAAAAUUAGCUUCCUAAAGCAGAAACUUCAAAGUCAGUGAGACGAGGGGCGGAACACAGCAGCUCCUGGACUGUCCCUUAAAACUCAGUCUUCCUGAACUUUAAUCGGUUUCACUUUCCAUUCUAUCUGCCGGCUGCUCACGAGCCACACUCGACGCUGCAGAGAAACAAACCCCGAAGUUUACUCUUCUCACUGCUCUGAUCUACUUCUCCUUACUGGAUCUAAAAGCUGCAUUUGUUACCGUAAAGUCGAAGAGAGGAAGUGUGUGCUGGAGGCGGCUGGGUUCGAUGUAGAUUCUUUCACGGACAGCUCUGUCUGCUCACAAAUGCGACACAUCCCGUGUUACCUGUCGUUCCAGGUGUGAUCAUGGCUUCUAAAGUGGACCUGAAGGAGGCGGAGGAGCUCGCCCUCUCUCUGACUGAAGCCCUGAACAGUGGAGACCGUCAGGAGGCAGUUAAACUGUGUGAACGGCUCUCUGACCUCUGUGUUCCGGUGACCGUCAGCAUCAGCAGUGAGGUCUACUGUCAGGACUCCAUAAGGUUGUGGGUUGGAGUGGAGGAUGCUCAGUCAGACGCUUACAUCCCGGUGACUGUGGUGGUUUCUGCCGGCAUGACAAUUGCACAACUGAAAGACAAGAUCAGCCAUGACUUUGGCUUCCACCCAUUGCUGCAGCGCUGGGUGAUCGGGAAGCGACUCGCUCAGGACCAGGAGACGUUAUACAGCCACGGUAUUCGUCAGAACGGGGACCAGGCUUUCCUCUUCAUCCUCUCCUCACACGCUGCUCAUCUCACACGGCAGCAAGAAAAGCUGGACCAGGAGCAGCAACGUAUAGAUGGUAUCAUGGAGUCGAUGCAGGUGAUGCAGCUGUUUCCCAGAGGUGCCGGUGUUGGUGACAAGACAGCUCCACCUCCAGAAAUUCAAGAGACCCCUCCUCCUGUUCCCCCUAAAGCCCCAGUCGUUACUAAGCCAGCCGUGCCUCCUAAACCUCAGUUCGGUUGGUCCUGCACCAUGUGUACAUACGUGAACAAGCCAACUCGUCCUGGCUGUGAGAUGUGCGGACAGGAACGGCCACAUGAUUACCAGGUACCUGAAAUCUACCAGCCAGACCAGCAGGAGGCUCAACGAAUGCAGCAGGAACAGCUGGCCAUGAUGCAGUACGAACAGGCUCAGGUGGAGGAACGAGAGAGGAACUACAUGUACUUGUUGGCGACAGAUGACCAGAACCUCAUCCUCAACACCACAGAGAUGGAUUGUCCCAUUUGCUUCUCUCCCCUGCAGCCAGAAGAAGGCGUCGUGCUCAGGGAAUGUCUGCACACCUUCUGCAGAGAUUGUCUAAAAGGGACAAUUAUAAACAGUCAAGAUGCUGAGGUGUCCUGUCCUGAGGAAUGUGACAGCAAACUGUUGGACCGCGAGAUCAAAGAGCUGCUCACAGAAGAGGAGCACCAGCGCUUCCUAGAGUUGCGUCUCAGCAUUGCAGAAAGCCGCUCGGAGCACAGCUUCCACUGUCAGACUCCCAACUGUCGAGGGUGGUGCAUCUACGAGGAUGAAGUCAACGAGUUCUACUGUGAACUCUGUCAGGAAACCAACUGCAUCCUCUGCAGGGCCAUCCAUAAAGACAUGAAUUGUAAGGAUUACCAGGAUGACUUGCGCAUCCGUGCACAGAACGACGAAGCAGCUCAGAAAACAAAACAGAUGUUAGAGAGCAUGCUGCAGAAUGGGGAGGCCAUGAAGUGUCCACGGUGUGACGUCAUUGUCCAGAAAAAAGAUGGCUGCGAUUGGAUCUGCUGUUUGAUGUGCAGGACAGAAAUCUGUUGGGUCACCAAACAAGCUCGAUGGGGACCGAAUGGCAAUGGUGACAUAUCAGGUGGCUGCAGAUGUCGAGUCAAUAACCAGCCUUGUCAUCCCAACUGCCAAAAUUGCCACUGAGGGCAGCACACUAAACAACGCAUGCUGCUGAAAAGACACGCACUAUCUGGGUAAACUCUUCUGGUGUGCAUACAUUAAUGUGUUCUAUUGAUUUAUUUCGGCCUUGAUUUCAGUGGUAUGCUGACAAUACUCAGUUGUGCUGCUGGUGAAGUACAUCUUUCUUCUGUAGCUGUAGGUAGAUAUACCAUACAUAAGCAGUAGAAACUGCCAGCUGUUUCCUCUAAACGUAUCUACAGCUGAGGAUAUCAGCUGUCAUUGUGGAAAAAAUAAGCAUUACUGGGAUCUUCUGCCAUAUAUAUUUUGUUGUAUGAACCCGUGCUUAACAACAGUCUGAGCUCUGGCUACUGAUUUAAUCACAGUUCAGUUUGAUGCACUAAGAUUGUGAAGCUUGAGUUUGGAUUUAAGUCAGAACUUUGAUCAGGACAAAUGCACCAACAUGUAAAAGUGUCGCUCCACGGCUAACAGAGAUAUCCAAAGAUAAGGGCUUUCCUGUAAAGGAGAGCUACAACUAAUUACAACAAUAGCUUUCAUGAAUUAAUACAUUUUUUUACAACUCAUCUCUAUGAAACAAAACUAAAGACAAAUGAGUGCUGACAGUUACAGAUGUCUUCCAAGCCAAGCUGACCAUGAAGAUUUUCUUUUUCUGAAGUUGUAACAUAAUUAUUGAUUGGUUCUGGGACUUCUAAGCAAUGGAUUUUCUUUCAGUCGACAAGGCAGACUGUGGUGAAGGAUGUUUUAUGUUUUAAGCGUUUACAUUGAAUGUGUUCAUAAUGCAAGCCGGGUUGCUCGGAUACCCAAGUGCCUUUUAAGUAUUAGGUGUAACCAUAGUGUGGUGAACAAUUAAUGAUGCUGUAUUAUAUGUAGUUCUUUAUCUGUAGUUCUUCAAUGUUUAUUCCUCAGGAACUACAGACACUAAAGUACACAGAUACCGGAUAUUUGUGUCUUGUGUCUAUGGAGCUUGUUGGACUUUACUACUAUUUGAAACAUCCGUUUUAAACCAUCUUUGUCAAAUUGUGUUAAGGAAGGAAGCACACCUUUAAAAUAUGGACUCUAAACAUUCAGGUUGCUCUUCUUUGAAUCCAAAAUGAAAAUGUAUAUAUAUAUAUGUGUAAUGCCAGACUGAGCCUAAUGAAACAUCCAAUUCUGCCAAUUCUGCUGUGUAAUGAAGACUUCACUUGAGGUUUGCAUUAACAUUAAAAUAUGGCUUGUAUUAAUGA